AUGGUGCCAUGGCCUUUGACAUGGGGAAUGCUGUUGCUGAUUUCGGGUCAGGAUGUUCAAUCAUCGAAGGAACUAGCGUGCCCAGUGUUGCCACGCAAUUCGGUGGGUAUAUGCGUGGAGGAAUGUGAAACCAACGACGAUUGUGAGUUGCGUGGACAGAAAGGCCACUGGUGUUGCUCAAACGGAUGUGGUCACAGCUGUACAAUGCCAGAGAGGGUGGGAGCAAUCGCCACACAGCCGAAGAGCUUUGAAAUUAUCGCAGUGUUGCUCAAGGACGCUGCCUUUGCAGAUGUCUUACAUGAGCUGCCCCGCCCGGUCUCAAAGUCCGAGCUGCGCUCGCUGCACAUGCUGACAGUAAAAUAUGGAGCUGGCAAUGCUCGUGAUGCAUGCCAGGCUUUUCGAAAGCUGUCGGCUCAUGCCAAGGUAUCUUCCGUUGAAUGGGAUGCAAGUUGUACCCUGCAUGUUUUAUGCUCCGUCUCAUUCUGUCCUCGGCUGAACCAUAUCAGUCCCGUGCCACUCACGGCCGACGCAUCCGCGCCCCGUCAUUGCCGUGCAGAGUCAUCGAUGUCGAAUGAGGGGCGAUCUGGCCAAGCUAAUGUGCCCUUUAAUAUGCGGCCGUCGGCCACACCAUUUAUUCCAUCCAGGCUGAGACCAUGUCCAUGCCCGCCUAUGAGACAGGAUCAUGGUGAGCAGGCUGUGGUGCAAGUGCAGUGGGACCAACCUGAUUCUCACUCCCAACCUCCGCCGGAUGCACGGAAGAUGGUCCAGCUAGAAUCCUCGAGAAAUCCUCCUUCUGCGUCGACAGUUGGCAACGGUGAGACCACAGUUGCCGUGUUCCCCAGCAUCCCGCGGAAAUACUACCGACACACGCCCUCAGACCCGAGCUUAGCCAGCGGAGUGGGACAGGCCUGGAAUGGCUCGGCUUUGGACACAGGGUUUGGUCUGCAGGAGACGGGCUACUUGUUGACUGCAUUCCUCGAUCCGGAGGCGCUUGGAACACUUUCCUGUGUCAGUCACACGUGGACUGGGCCGGCUUCCUCCUUUGACUGGGCAGGUUGCUGCCAGGCUGAUUUCGGUGCCGUGUGCUCCCAGUAUCUUAGAUAUUUGGAGCUGGACAGCCGUGCUGGUACAAGCUUCAGUUGGCGCUCGCUCUACCUGCGACUACGAGCAUUCCAUCGUCAGCUAGAUGCUUUCCCGAACUGCUUGCAGCAUCGCUUCGGUCCAGAAGCAUGGAGAAAUGCUCCCUCGGUCCGAUUGAGUCAGGAUUCUUGUCGAUUGGUGCAAGGAGGGCACUCGGUGCUUUUCUGUGGCGACGCCGAGCAUGUUGGGAUUCUGUCAAUGACAUCGGCAGCAGGUUCAUCUCACCCAUCUUUCAGGCCCGCAGACUUUCUCGAUGUGGUGCCGGUCACGCCGCAUUCCGUCAUUGGUGUAUCCCUGGCGCUGGACUUGGAGAGGUGGUGCUUCAAAGACAAGGCAUCGUGCACGGGCAGAUCGCCAACCGGACUUGAGAAGGAAGAUCCUACGGAAGACUUGCGACUUUUCGUGGAGCACGUCGCGGCAAGGCUCUUCGUCUUCGCCGGGGUUUAUAUCCAUGCGUUUGACCUCUUAUCACUCGAGAAGACCUAUGUAGUCUCUGCCCCGAGCUGGGAGAGGCAUGCAGAGCAGCUUCUUGCACGAUGGGAUUAUGGGGAAGCUUUUGUCGCUUACCAAGUUGAAGGAUGCGAGGCCUGCAUAUGGUCCACCUCAGACGGCGCAGACAUGGGCAAGGUCACAUCUGGUAAUCAAUUCCUAUGCUGCGAUAUUACCAGCUUCACUUUUGGAGGCAGCAAAAAGCUGGUGGCAACCUUGGAGACUGAUGGAGGCAUACGAGUUUUCACUAACGUGCAGAGUGAAUGGCGUCUUGCCCAAGCCGUGCAGACUCUUUCCCUGGUUGUAGAAGUCAAGUUGGAACGACACCUGCUGGUCGCUGUAAGCCAUUCGGCUGGCACGGGUUCUGUGCACGUUUGGCAUCUGGGCUUCGACACGUCCCGUGAUCCAGACGUCGUACUACUCCUGCAAGAGUAUUGCAAGCGCGACUUCACACAGCCUCCGGACAGAGUCGAAGCCAGGCAUGGAGCAAGGUUUAUUGAAGUUCAGUUCCUGACAGAGGGAUUGUCUGUGGAUGGGAUCUAUGACGUUGAAUGGCUGGAGCCGUCCCAGUUGCAUUGCUUGCUGGCAUUGAAAAGUUGUAUUGGCGACUGGAGAUGUGACCUGAGAGAUGCGAUCGGUGUGCUCGGCAACGACAGUGAAGGUACUGUCCUUCGCUGGCUGCUCUUAUGGCAGCCACUGCAUUCGAUUCAAGCGAACAUGCACAGUUCGAUGCUCAGCCUUCCGGGUCCAACAGUGGAUGGACGAGGUGUGUGGCCAGUGCUUUCGUGUCAUGGCAGUGGCAGUCACAUCGAGGACAGAGAAGACGCUCGAUUAGAACAAUUGAUAUCGGCUGCUUCACGCAAGGCAGCUGCAUCCUUCGACCGGCUAGUUAACCCGUCGCUCCCUGCUCUACGCUUCAGACCUUCGGUCGGCACCUGGCUGCAGCCAUACCCGGCCAGAAGAGUGAUGGGCGGCAUGGGUGCUCCACAGCUCCAACUACAAGAUGCAGAGGCCGUUUGUGAUGGUGUUUCUGCUGGGGAGCGUGCUGCAUGGUGUGUGGAAAACUUGGGACUGUCGAGCGAAGAUGCGCAAUAUCGAAUCAUGAACGAGUUUCCACUUAAGUUUCCUAAAGGUCUUUGGAGUCCUAGCGUGCUCUGCGACGGGCAUGUGGCAGAAGAGCGAGCCUUGUGGUGCAUGGAGCAUUUGGGCAUGUCAGUGGAGGAAGCGCAGUGUAAAGUGCUGAGCGAGUUUCAGGAUGCAUUCUCCGCCACCACCACAGCAGAUGCAGGAGAUGACACUCCGGGGCCCUCGUUGGCGGAUGCGUGCUCUGUGCAGCCGGAAGCAGGUGCCGCGGAGACAGAAAGGCCACAGCACAUAUCUGUCGUCAAAGCCGAGAUCGACGCGCUGCUCGUGCCGGACGGGAAUGGGUGGGAUCCCGGCGUUAUGUGCGAUGGAGUCUCUGCCGGAGAUCGGGCCCGAUGGUGUGUUUCAGAGCUGGGGCUGACGGCGCAGCAAGCCAGGGACCGCGUCAUCAGCGAGUACGCUACCAACUUUGGCAGAGCAAUUCCCUUGCAAGAGCGUGGUGUCAUGGCAUCAGACCUCACGUGGAUCCCUGUACCGCCAGCAGAUGGGGAGCUUCUUAUCUGGCAUGAUGAGUUUGACUACACAGGCCCUCCGGAUCCAUCCAAAUGGUCGUUCGAGCUUGGAGACAGCGGCUGGGGGAAUGGCGAACUUCAGUUUUACACUGACUCGCCAAAGAACGCCUAUGUUUCGGAUGGAUGCCUUCGAAUUAGAGCCUUGUUGCAGAAGUGUGGGUCGCGUGACUUUACAUCCUCUCGUUUGACGACGCUUGGCAAGAACGACUGGCAACACGGCCGCUUUGAGGCACGCGUGCGGCUUCCAUGUGGCCGUGGCACAUGGGCAGGAAUCUGGAUGAUGCCCACAACUGGCGAGCCCUGGCCCACAGGUGGUGAGAUUGACAUCGUUGAACACGUAGGGCACGAUGCAGGGAGAAUUCAUGGCACCGUGCACACUGCCCUUUGCAACCACCAGCAAGCCAGUCAAGUUGGGGGCAUUCUGCCCCUGUCAGUCGAUCUCUGGCAUACAUACGGCAUCGAAUGGAAUGCGGAGCGAAUUGACUUUCACUGUGAUGGCUUCCGGUAUUUCAGAAUUUGCAAGGACAGUGGUGCCAGCAAGGAAGGUUGGCCAUUUGACACCCCAUUUCACCUCAUCAUGAACUUGGCCGUUGGUGGCAAUUGGGGUGGCCAACAGGGCAUCGAUCGGACGGCUUUCGAAGGUGAUGGGCAGGUUAUGGAGAUAGCCUGGAUACGCUCAGUGCACGAACGGCGACGGCCUGCAUCCACAGCACCGUCAACAGCAAGGCCGUCCGACACGCCAACAACCGAGAAGGAAGAGCGCCUCGAGCUACACUUUUUCCACCUCUCCUUGGGCAAGGUAGAUCCAGAAGCUUUCAAGACGGAGUUGAUGUUGGCGCUGCUUGGCAUAGGAUUUCCACAGGAAUUGUUGGCCAGUCUUGCUGUUGGCUUGCGCGCAGGCUCGGUGAUAGCCGAAAUCCGGGGCCCUGCGAGCAGCAUGCAGAAGUUGAAGUCGCUGCCGGUGUACAGCAUCCAAGUCAUGGGCUGCCAGGCACAGUCAGCAGCUAGUGCCGCGGCAAUGGCAGCAAAUGCCGGGGUCUUGCCGCCAAGACUACCAGCAUUAAACGAAUCCGAUAAGGAUAUUCCUGGGGCUGAUUGUAUGGGACAAGCAGAGUCCACAGCAGUGGGUCCAGCCGCACCAGUGUCGGAAACCCCCCUUACAGCAGUGACAAGCUCUCCUGGUGCUCAGCUGCCUCUUUUGGCUGAACAUUCGCAGCGAGGCACUAGUGCAGAGAGUCGCACUCCCCUACUUUCGGGAACGCCAAACCGAGAUGCCAUCUUCUCGCCCGAUCGCAGAAGCAGGCCAACGGGAUUCCGUUCCCAGGCUGCUCUGCCAACUGAGCGGCGAAAGUAUCUACCCAGCGGGGUGCAUGCAAUGCCAGCUGCCCCCCUGUCAAGCGAGGAGCACCGAGCACUGGUUGGGCUUCCUGACCGUGGCAGACGUGUAGUAGGCCUUACGAAGCACUCGACGGUUGAUGAAAUCAUCUACGGCUUAGACUUUGACCGGUCCGGCUCCGACCCUCAUCGGGAGUACAUGAAGCAGUUUGCUGAUUUCGCUGGUGUUCCUUCAGGCCACAAGCAAGGUGCCGACAACAAGAAAAAGCGCCGAGCUGUUCUAAACUACUGCUCACAGCUUACACACCAUGUGGACGAGAAAAGCCCGCAUGAAGAGUUCAUGCAGCGAUUUAGCGACCGGGCUGGAGCCAGGUAUGUGGAGAACCGCUCCAGGCCUUUUCGAGCUCCAGGCCUAGCACAUGUCUCAACGAUGGGGGAAGUUAUCCAUGGGAGAAGUCCAGCAGUUGAAUCGCCACGGGGCCAACGGAUCAAGAGCUUCAGCGCGGCAGGAUGCAAGAGCGUUCCCGAGUUGGCUCACCCCGAAGGAAAAUCCAUGGUGUCAGCAACGUGGACAACAGGUACAAUGUCAGGCGGCACGUACAAAGAUGCCAGUCCGUUUGUGAAGGAGUCCGAUCAACGAUUUGCCGACUAUGCUGGGAAGAAGGUCAACCUCGACGAGAAACCUGCCAAGAAGUGUAGCAUACGUGGGAUUUCGGUUGUAGACAAGCUUGUUUAUGGUCGCGAUAUAUCACAGCUCGCGGAAGAUCCAGUUGUAGAGUAUGCCAAGAAACACGCUGGCUACGCCGGCUUCAUGUGGAAGACAAAGCCAGGGCCAAGCGAGAAAGAAGAGUCAGAGGCCUCGGAGAACUUCACGACACCCACGAAUGCCCAGGUUGUGGAGGAGCAUCAAGAAGCUCGGGAAGGGCAAGAGCCCAUGGAGACAUUCAAGUUCGAGCCAGCGGCGAGAGAGUCUCCCGAGAACCCUACGUUCGAGGCCGCGACGCUUCGACCUGAGGAGUUGGAGCCUGCAGCGGGAGCCAGCCCGGCGCCUUCCCCGAGCAUGAAAAAGCGGGUCAACCCUUUCAGGGAGAAGGGCUCUCCAGUUGCCAGCCGCGGCACCUCGAGGACCCCUUCAGAAGCUUGGAUGUGUCAGGCUGGACCCCAACGACUGCGAGCACGGGACCGGUGGAACGUAGAGGAGCUGCGGAUUUGUGACAUCAUGUCACGGUCACUCGGGUGGACAGGUUCGCAGCUUGACUUGGAUGAGAACGAUGUGGCAGAAGUUUUAACAGAGCUGUAUGGCGAGGAGCUCGAGCUUGAUGCUGUUCCUUGGACAUUUCAACUCGCAAGCCGAGGAGAGACAAGGUGCACCAGCACAAGUGACUUGCACUAUGCGCUGCGUGCGCAUCACAUGUGUCACUUCUUGCCACAGGCCACGAUGCGGACGCUGGCUACCACAAAUGUUAGCUCCAGAGGCUGCGUGGAUCGGGAACUGUUGCGGGACUUGAUGGAAGAGCUCAACGGAGGAUACACGGUGCUUGCGGCUCAGGUCAAUGCCGUCCUCGACGAAGCUGAAGCUUUGGCAGCCUGUGGGUCUGGAAGUGGCCGUGCAUCGCUGGUUCGGGCGAUUUCAGCGUGGUACUUGAAUGUUUUGCGAACUGAAUCGCCUUGGGCAACUACCUUUCGAGCUUGCUAUGGACGCUGGGUACCAGAGAAGGGCUAUCAUUGGGAGGUCUUUGUGCGCUUUCGAGUCUCUUUGACGGAGGCUGAAGAGGCCUUUCAUGAAGACGUAUGGCAGGCAGUUUGGGGUCUCAUACAGUCUGCCAUUCUCUUGCUGGCGCUGGUGUUUCCAAUCAUGUUUUUCGCUUGGUUGGUGGUUCUGGGAGCGGAGCAUGGAGACGACCGUUGCCCGAAGGACCUGGACGGGCUGAUGACUUGGUUCGGGAUGCUGGGUCUUGCCCUGAUUGUGGUUGGCUUUGUUGAUGGCCGCCUGGCACAAGAAGAUGUCGUCAAAACAUCUUACAUCGGGCUGGCACUGUCGCUGGUCUUGCUGGUUCUGCCCUGGGUUGGAGCAUUCUGGACUUUCCACUUGGAUAGCACGGACCAGCAGACCUGCGGAUUGUUCUUGACUGGAGCAAGUUCAUUGCUUUGGACUGUAUGUCUCGUCUCCGAGUUGAUACUCGGCUUCGCAUUUCUGUGGCAUCUGGCGGUUUACCAGGAAUAUGAACUGACUCUGCAGCAGGGCCACAGUCUUGAGCAGCGCCCUUCGGCCUUGGGCAAUCGCCAAGAUGGUGCGUAUGCCAGCCGUUCGUCAGAGCCGUGA